AUGAAGGCCCAAACAAUUGCCAAGGUGUUGAGUGCUGUGGUGCUGAUGGUUUCGGUGGGUCAUGUGGCCGGCAACACGGUAAUCAGUUGCCACAGUUGCGAAGGAGCCAACUGCCAAAGGGUGCAGUCGACCAAAACGCAGUCAUGUGUGGAUUCCUUGGACUAUUGUGUUACUAUCUAUGAUGAAGCUAAGGUCUUGUUCAAGGGUUGUUCCCUGGAAAUUCCCUAUGAGCUGCGUUCGAAAUGCCAGGAUAACCGCUCUUGCUACAAGUGCAACACCAAGGAGUGCAAUAAUGUGGGAUCAGCCCAAUACGCCUGCAUUCAGUGCGAUUCGAGCAAGGACACCAAUUGCGCUUCGAAUGCCGCUGCCUUGGAAGCAUCUCGUUGCAGUGCUCCCACUGCUCCAAACUCUUAUUGCUAUGUGAAAUCCACGGGUGGAUCCAUUACGAGGGGAUGCGCCACCACCGAAACCGAUCAGCAGAGCUGUCUUAAUGAUGCCAACUGCCUGCUGUGCUCACCUGGAGAUAUCAGGAACUGCAAUGCCGCCGACAUCGCUGAGAGCUCUAGUGCUGGGAAUCGCUUCAUUCGUUUCCUUAAAUAACUGUAGUAAUUGUAUAUGGGUGGAAAAUAAAGAUGUUUAAUAACUUAUAAAUAAAUAAACAAACUGUAUGAAUCUAAAAAUUAAAAAGAACUUGUGAGUUAAUUUCACAUAGUCUCCUCUUUUGAUAUUUAAUGUGACUUUAAAUCUUCAUAAGUAAAUAUAUAAUAAUAUAAAACC